UCUCUCGACGAAGAACAUUCGGGAUUUUCAAGACGGCGGCAGACGGUCAGUUAACGAUCUUUCCCGACGGCUCUCAUAGGGCGAGUAAAGAGUGUCCUGUUUUUUUGUCUUUUGUUUUAUUUUGUUUUUGUUGCAUUUAAUCUGUCCUGAUGUCCGGUGAAGUGGAGGCGAGCACGGAGGAGCAGCAGGAGAUGCAGGACACUGUUGUAAGUCCAGAAAAGGCUGAAGAAGUCAAACUGAAGGCCCGAUACCCCCAUCUCGGGACCAGGCCCGGGGGGUCUGAUCUUUUGCGAAAAAGACUCCAAAAAGGGCAGCAAAAAUACUUCGACUCGGGCGACUAUAACAUGGCCAAAGCCAAGAUGAAGAACAAGCAGCUCCCGACAGCAGCGGCGGAGAAGACGGAGAUCACUGGAGACCACAUCCCCACCCCUCAGGACCUGCCCCAGCGCAAACAGUCCCUGGUGGCCAGCAAACUCGCCGUCUGAUGCCAUUCCUGCCCUCUCCACUGUGUUCCCUCAGCCUCAAGUGUUUUUUGUCUUUCUUUUGCUGUCUUUUCUUACUGUCUUUAUCUUCUGCCUGUAGAACCGCUCCCAAUAUAUACAUGUACUGUUGUUACCAUCACACUCGGAUCUACCCCAAAACAGUCUGAUGUAUUGAUGCUAAGGUUCAAACACAGAAAUCAUGGGAGAUCAGUAUUAUUUUAGGGUUUUCCAUCACUUUUUGAUCUUCUUUGUUCUGUGCUCGUCUUGAAAUAAGAUCUGCAUGAAUAGAAAACAUGGACUGGACUUGAAAUAAUCACAUCCACCUCUUCUGCCACAACUGUGCCUCUUUGAAGAAGCAAAAGGCCUCGUAGACGUCAGCUGAUUUGAGUUGAAGAAACUCCAUGCCCUCUUGAAGUUCGUUGGUUGAGAUUUGCUGUUUGGCUCCUACUUGUGAAUUAUAAAAAUGACCUGAAAACUGUCUGUUUCUGUCGGGUGGUGUGUGUUCGCUCACACUGUGGAGUGUGUUGAGCUCUUCGCUGGUUUCUCUAGAUAGUGUUGGCAGAACACCGGAGCUGUACAAACGUUUACUGUCACAACUGUGCCACUUGUUUUGUAAAUAAACGAAGUUUUGCACAUGU